AUGCUUCAACAUUUAUUAAAUGGCCUAUGGGAUUAUGCUGAAAGGGUUAUGCAAGGAUUCGUAGAAAACAGUAGCUUUCCGAAAAUCAUUGGGGCCAUUGACGGUACCCAUAUUCGAAUAGAUGCUCCAAAAGAAAAUUCUGUCGAUUACAUAAGCUGUAAAAGAUUUCAUUCAAUACAGUUACAGUUGGUGUGUGAUCACAGAACUUUGAUCACACAUUGUUAUGCUGGGCAUCCUGGUUCAGUUCAUGACCAGCGAGUUUUUCGACAAUCUGAGGUAGCAAACUACUUGAAUGAUGAAGAGAAAUUUCCAACUGACAGUCAUAUAUUGGGAGAUGCUGCAUACGAGAUUCAUCAACACUUACUGACUCCCUUCAGAGACAAUGGACACCUUACAGUGGCACAAAACAAUUAUAAUUAUCGCCAUUCAGUAGCCAGAGUGACAAUCGAAAGAGGCAUUGGUCUGUUAAAAGGAAGAAUGAGAAGUUUAUUGCACUGUCUGCCUAUGUCAAGAGUGGACUUAAUAGCGGAAUAUGUGAUAGCACGUUGUGUAUUGUAUCGUUAUAUGUCUGAUGUCAUGCGUAGUGUGAAUCUUAUCUUAUUGUAG